AUGUUUCUUCCUCUUUCAAUUAUUUAUAUCUAUUUUUCGUCCCUUCGUUCAUUUUAUUUUUCUCUUCUUUCUAGGCACUUCUCUUCAUUUUUGUCUUUCUCGCUCUUUUGCAUCAUUCAUUUUCAAAGUUUUUCUUUCUUUCCGUCUAACUCGUUUUUAUUUCUUUCUUUAUUUUUUCUUGUUUUUAUUUCGUUCUCAUUUUUCUUUUUUCCCCGUUUUUUUUCUUUCUUUUUCUUUCACCUUGUUCCUUUUUCUUUAUCUCUUUCGUUCAGUCUCUUCCAUUCUUUCCUUUUUUCUUUCUUUCUGUCUUUCAUUUCAAAAGAUUUUCUUUCUUUCCUUCUUAAUCGUUUUUCUUUCUUUAUUUUUUCUUGUUUUUAUUUCUUUCUCAUUUUUCUUCCCCCCCCCUCUCGUCCACUCUUUCUUUCUUUUUUCUUUCUGCCUUUAAGAAAAAGGAAAAGAUUUCUUUCUUUCUUCCAAGAUUUUUUUUCUUUCUUUAUUUUUCUUGUUUUUUAUUUCUUUUUCAUUUUCUUUUUUCCUGUUUUUUUUUCUUUCUUUCUUGAACCUUGUUUUUUUUUCUUUUCUUUUCGUUCUUUCUCUUCCAUUCUUUCUUUUUUUCUUUCUUUCUUUCAAAAAAUUUUUUCCUUUUCUUUAUUUCUUUCGUUCAAUCUCUUCAUUCUUUCUUUCUUUCUUUCGUUUUUCCUUUCUUUAUUUAAAAUUCGAGAUAAUUUUCUUUUCUAUCUUUCUUUUUUUUUUCUUUUUCUUUUCUUUUUCAUUCAGUUUCUUCUUCAUUUUCUUUUUUUUGUUUUUUAUCUAAAUUUUUUUCUUUCAUUUUCCUUUUCUUUCUUAUUUAUUUCAUUUAAUUUUCUUUCUUUUUCCUGGAUGAAUCUGUUUUCUUUGAGAAAUUUUUUCUUGUUUUUUUCUUUUCAUUUUUUUUUUUUUUUUUUCUUUCUUUCUUUUUUGUUCUUUUUUCUUUAUCUAAAAAAGAUUCAUAAGAUUUUUUUUAUUAUUUUUUAUAUUUUUUUUUUUUUUCUUUUUUUUCUUUCUUCAUUUAACAUGUUUCUAUUUUUAAGACAAUAUUUCAAAAAUUUUUCUUUUUUUUUUGUUAUUUUUCAAUUUUCUUUCUUAUGUUUUUAUUUUCUUUCUUUCUUCCUUUCUAUUCGUUUUCCUUUUUAUUCAAUUUUUCUUUUAUUGUUUAUUCUCCUUUUUGUUUGCUAUUUUUCUUUCUUUCUUGAAAGGCAUGUUCUCCUUUCUUUCUUUUUCAAAUUCUCAAAUUUCUUUUAUUUUGAUUUUUCAUUUUCUUUUUCACCCUCCUUUAUCAUAUUUUAUUCUCUAUUUGUCUGUCACUUGAAUGUUAUCUGUAUUUAUUCGUUCAAUUCUUUAAAAAAGAAAAUUCUUUCUUUUCUUUUUUCAUUUUUCAAUUAUUUUGCUGUUUUUUUUUUUUAA